UGCAGCCAGGCGGCCAUUUUGUGGCGCUGCUCGGUCGCUGGCGCUGGGCUCAGCGCGGGGAGCGGGGCCUGAGUGGCGAGUUAGUUUCUUUCUAACCCCUUUUUCCCGUACAGGCCCCUCGUCUAAAAGUUGGUUUUAAUUGGUUGCCCACAGGAUUGACUUGGCUUCUGCUACUUGUUAAGGAAAAAAAAACGCAUCUCCUUGCAGGUGUGUGUGUUUCAGCGCAGCAUGGCUGUGGUCAUCCGCUUACAAGGUCUCCCAAUUGUGGCGGGGACUAUGGACAUUCGCCACUUCUUCUCUGGAUUGACCAUUCCUGAUGGGGGCGUGCAUAUUGUAGGGGGUGAGCUGGGUGAGGCUUUCAUCGUCUUUGCCACUGAUGAAGAUGCAAGGCUUGGUAUGAUGCGCACAGGUGGUACCAUUAAAGGGUCCAAAGUAACACUGUUGCUAAGCAGUAAAACUGAAAUGCAAAAUAUGAUUGAACUCAGUCGCAGGCGUUUUGAAACUGCAAAUCUAGAUAUGCCACCAGCAAAUGCGAGCAGAUCUGGGCCACCACCUAGUUCUGGAAUAAGUAGCAGGGUGACUCUUCCUACCACAGUUCCUAACUUUAACAACCCCUCUCCUAGUGUAGUUACUGCAGCUACUUCGGUUCAUGAAAGCAACAAAAAUAUACCAACGUUCUCCACUGCCAGUAUGGGAACUGCACCUCCCAACUUGGGUGCUACCUUUGGAAGCCCUACAUUUAGCUCUACUAUACCUAGUACAGCAUCCCCAAUGAACACUGUACCACCUCCACCAAUACCUCCUAUCCCAGCUCUCCCAUCAUUGCCCCCAAUGCCUGCUAUUCCUCCCAUACCUGUCCCACCUCCUGUACCGACAUUGCCUCCUGUUCCUCCCGUUCCCCCAAUUCCUCCUGUGCCUCCUGUACCACCUAUGACUCCUCUGCCUCCUUUAUCUGGAAUGCCUCCUAUGAAUCCCCCACCCGUAGCACCUCUACCUGCUGGAAUGAAUGGGUCUGGAGCAGCAAUGAAUCUGAGCAGUAACUUGAACCCAAUGUUCAUGAGUCCCAUAAAUGCUAUUCAGAUAAGUUCUCAAAGUAGUGUGAAAUCACUUUCUAUCAAUCCAGAUGAUUUGUAUGUCAGUGUCCAUGGAAUGCCAUUUUCAGCAACAGAAGCUGAUGUCAAGGACUUCUUCCAUGGUCUCCGUGUAGAUGCAGUGCACAUCCUGAAAGAUCAUGUAGGAAGAAAUAAUGGAAAUGGAUUAGUUAAGUUCUGUUCUCCUCAAGAUACAUUUGAAGCCUUGAAACGGAACAGGAUGCUGAUGAUUCAGCGCUAUGUUGAAGUUAGUCCUGCAACAGAAAGACAGUGGGUGUCUGCAGGAGGCCAUAUAACAUUCAAGCAAACCAUGGGUCCUUCUGGACAAAACCAUCCUUCUCCUCAGACUCUCUCUAUGACCAAAUCUCCUAAUGGUCAGAAAAGAUCAAGAUCAAGAUCUCCACAUGAUCAGGGCUUUUGUGUUUAUUUAAAAGGUCUUCCCUUUGAAUCUGAGAACAAACAUGUAAUAGACUUCUUUAAAAAGCUAGAUAUUGUGGAAGACAGUAUUUACAUAGCUUAUGGACCCAAUGGGAAAGCACUUGGUGAAGGUUUUGUUGAGUUCAGAAACGAAACUGACUACAAAGCUGCUCUAUGUCAUCAUAAGCAGUACAUAGGAAAUCGCUUUAUUCAAGUUCAUCCCAUAACUAAAAAAGCUAUGUUAGAAAAAAUAGAAAUGAUUCGGAAAAGACUGCAGAAUUUCAACUAUGACCAGCGAGAUAUCAUGAUGAAUACGGAAGGGGAGACAGGCCCUUCUAAGCUAUGUGCACAUAUAUCUAACAUCCCCUACAAUAUUACCAAAAUGGAAAUUCUUCAGUUUCUAGAGGGGCUGACAGUAGAAGAGAACUCUAUACAGAUUCUUGUUGAUACUAAUGGGCAAGGCUUAGGACAAGCACUGGUCCAGUUCAAAACUGAAGAAGAUGCUCGUAAGUCAGAGCGCUUACAUCGAAAGAAACUGAAUGGGAGAGAUGUUGUGCUAAGAGUGAUUUCCCUUGAAGAAAUGAGAGAAAUUGAGAGAAAUCCUCCCUCCCAAGGGAAAAAAAUGUUGAAAAUGCCAUUGCAAGGGAAUACAGCAAUGCCAGUAGUGCAGAAUGCUGGUGGGGAUGAGCAUUCUUUCAUAAGUAGUAGUUCAAAAGAUGGAAGUAGUGGUCCUCCUUUUCAUUUUCCUGGUAAUUUCAGUGGGUCUAAUGCAUUUGGUCCUCCUCUUCCACCUCCAGGAAUAGGGGGAGGUGGCUUUGGUGAUUCCAGGCCAGGAAUGCCUUCUAUUGGAAAUAGUGGUUUGCCUGGCCUGCCUGGUUCAGGAAUUGAUGUCCCAGGUUUUGGAGGUGGGCCUAGUAAUUUAACUGGGCCAUCAGGUUUUGGAGGGGGCCCUCAGAAUUUUGGAAAUGGCCCUGGUAAUUUAACUGGUCCUCCUAGCUUUGGUAGUGGCCCUCCAGGUCUUGGUGGUGGGCUCGGACACUUAAGUGGACCUCCAGGGUUUGGACCUGGACCUGGAAAUUUACAUAUUACUGGGCCACCUGGGUUUGGAGCUGGCUCUGGAAAGCCAGGGCCAACUGUCAUUAAAGUUCAGAAUAUGCCCUUUACUGUAUCAGUGGAUGAAAUUUUGGAUUUCUUCUAUGGUUACCAAGUAAUCCCAGGUUCAGUGUGCUUAAAAUACAAUGAGAAAGGCAUGCCCACUGGCGAAGCAAUGGUUGCAUUUGAGUCUCGUGAUGAAGCAAUGGCAGCUGUUGUUGAUCUGAAUGACAGACCAAUAGGCUCAAGAAAAGUCAAACUUAUGGCUCACUGCGUGACCAAGGUGGAACUGUCCAUAUCCUGUGACAAUCUGAUUGAUAAAGAUGUUGGCUCAAAAUCUGAUCCUCUGUGUGUCUUGCUCCAAAAUGUUGGUGGAGACCAAUGGACUGAAUUGGAUCGAACUGAAAAAAUAAAGAAUUGCCAGAACCCUCAAUUUUCGAAGAAGCUGCUGAUAGAUUAUUAUUUUGAGAAAGUUCAGAAAGUGAAAUUCGGUAUAUAUGACAUCGAUAACAAAUCAUACGAUUUAAGUGAUGAUGACUAUCUUGGAGGAGCUGAGUGCACCUUGGGACAGAUUGUGUCAAGUAAAACACUCAUUCAGCCUUUAAUGCUGAAGAAAGGAAAACCUGCAGGAAAAGGCACUGUUACGAUUUCUGCAGAAGAGAUUAAAGACACCAGAAUUGUAUCCCUAGAUGUUGAAGCUCGGAAUUUAGAUAAAAAGGAUUUUCUGGGCAAAUCUGAUCCAUUUUUGGAGUUUUACAAACAAAGUGAUAGUGGAAAAUGGCAGCUUGUCUACAGAUCAGAGGUAAUUAAAAACAAUUUAAAUCCUUGCUGGAGAAAAUUCAGUGUUCCUCUGCAAACAUUCUGUGGUGGUGAUUUCAACAAACCCAUUAAGGUGCACUGUUAUGAUUAUGAUAGUGAUGGGUCACAUGAUUUGAUAGGCAGUUUUGAAACUAACCUCUCCCAGCUACAGAAGGCAGGUGGCAGCUCUCCGGUGGAAUUUGAGUGUAUUCACCCUGAGAAGAAGAGAAAGAAGAAGAGCUACAAAAACUCUGGCAUUGUUAGAGUAAAGUCUUGCAAGAUUGAAACAGAAUAUUCUUUUCUGGAUUACAUCAUGGGAGGCUGCCAAAUUAACUUCACUGUGGGAAUAGAUUUCACUGGUUCCAAUGGUGAUCCAAAGUCUCCAGAUUCUCUUCACUAUAUAAGUCCAAAUGGGAUAAAUGAAUAUCUCACUGCAAUCUGGAGUGUGGGGAAUGUGGUCCAGGAUUACGACACUGAUAAACUCUUUCCUGCCUUUGGAUUUGGAGCUCAAGUUCCUCCAGAUUGGCAGGUGUCGCAUGAAUUUGCAUUGAACUUUAACUCUACAAAUCCCUAUUGUCAAGGAAUCCAAGGCGUUGUGGACGCCUAUCGCCAGGCAUUGCCUCAGAUUCGUCUCUAUGGUCCAACAAACUUCUCCCCAAUUAUAAAUCAUGUUGCUAGGUUUGCUGCUCACUCAGCACAGCAAGGGACUGCUUCUCAAUACUACGUUUUGCUGAUCAUUACAGAUGGGGAGAUCACUGAUUUGGACCAAACCAGGCAAGCCAUUGUCAGUGCCUCCAAGCUGCCCAUGUCUAUUAUUAUCAUUGGAGUUGGCAGUGCUGAGUUCAAAGCCAUGGAAUUCCUGGAUGGAGAUGAUGGUGUCCUAAAGUCCUUGAGCGGAGAGCCAGCUGCACGAGAUAUUGUCCAGUUCGUGCCUUUCAGACAGUUUCAAAAUGCUCCCCGUGAGGCACUUUCCCAGACAGUGUUGGCUGAAGUUCCUAAGCAACUGGUGUCCUACUUCAAGAAGACAGGCCUGGCUCCUGUGAAAUUACCUACAGAAAAGCAGGCACAAAGCAAAUGAUACCUUUUCAUUUAUAAGGAAAUGAAGAAUACUGCAUAUACAGCUGUCUAAUGAAUAGACCCUUUCCUUCUGGCAUGUAUUACCCUGCAUUCAAAAUAAUGUUUCUGUACUCUCUACAUAUAUUGGGCAUAUAAAGAUUGCAGACAAUAUAUAAGAAUAUUAGUGCUAUUGGUGGGUCUUACUGGGAAACUAGUGGAUAUCUCAAAUCAUUGAUUAUGGCCAAAUCUGUUUGCAUUCUGUGUACAUGCUGUGAAGCAUAGAAUUUCUCAGAAAAUCUUGUAUUUCAUUUUUUAAAUUCUGGCUAUGGCUUUAAGAAUCUGGUGGGACUUGCUACACUUGUUAUAUUGCCAAAUCACUAAUGCCUGUCCCUGCCAUGUUACCGGUUCACGACCUCCCUUAUUAACCUUUUAUUCAACUCAAGCCUUCACUGCAAUUUUUAAAGAAAAUGAUAAUCAGAAUCAGUUAUGUAAGUUUAUAUAUAACAAUGUUGAUAUUACAUUAUUCUUAGCACAAGGAUUUUUUGAGUGCUAAUCAUGAUCUCUUAAUUUAGGAGAUAUGUCAGUUAUUUAGACCACUAUAGAUUGCAAGAAAAGUAAUGGCCAGAUAUUCUUGCAAUUCACUAAAAAUUGUGAGUGAUUUCUUUACCCAGUCUGGAAUGUAUUGGAAAUCUAGCUGCUGUAAAGUUUUUCUAUUGAAUUGCUUCUAUAAAAUAUCAGUAGUUUAUUACUUAUGAUGUAUUGCUGGAUGUCUAAUUAGCAAGAGUAACCUUCCUGCAUUGAAAUGCACCAAAGCCUUUUUAUUGCCUUAACUUCUACAUGCCUUCAUAGCACGCCAAGGAGUUUAAAACAUUUCCUUUACCAAAAUAUAUAUAUAUAUAUAAUCUUCAGUUCUGAAAACUGAAUGCAAAUAAAUAAAAACAUUUCUUCAGUGGUGCUGUUUACAUUCAAAGGCCAUUUUGGUCAGUAUGUUUCAAGCUAUGGGUAGUGCACUGAUACACAAUGAAGAUCAUUGUGUGUUUCUCCCUCUAAUUUAGCAUCUGGAAGUAAUGGGGGAAAAUUGAAUGUCAUCUUAAUCAAUUGCUGCACAACCGAACCAGAAUAUCCUUUAUUGCAGUUUUUGCCAUCAUGUGAUUAGAGUUGUAGCAAGUGCCUGCUUUAUACUGUAUAACUCUAGCUGUAUUUUUGUAAAAUUCAUUCUAUGCUUCUUACUACUUCUGGGUAUAAAAGCACUUUAAAAUAUAGUAUAAACAUAGUAUAAAAUCUUUAUUGGAUUUAAGGAAAACAAUAUAUGGAGAACUUUAAUAUUUAAUAGUAUCAAAUACUCAUUUGGGUUAAACCUGGGCCAAAGAUCCUCCUCUUUUCAAAGUGCAAUUUAAUCCCAUACUGAGCUAUUUCUCAUUCAGCCAUUGAAUAUACCAGGUUGGGUAUUAUAGAUGUUUAAUUUAUGAUGCUGUUAUUUAUCAUUUCACACUCUGCAAAUCCUUUGAAAAAGGAAAAUUGCUUCCAGUAUAAUUUUGGGGUUAUUCCCAUUCAAGUAAUUUCUAAGGCCUGUUCUAAACAUGUACCAGAAUGAGGUGGUUGAAUGGACCAUAGCACCUCAGAUAUGUGAUAGCAUUUCAGCAGAUGGGGGAGUAUACAGCAAUUAUAAUGCUGCCUUGUAUUUCAAAACAAAAAGUUCUCCCUCAAAGCAAAAAAAAAAUAGCAGGGAUUUUAUUUUUAAAUUUGGGGAAGUAUCCAAAACGUAUAUGCACUCACAGUCUAAAGUAGUACAAUCCCUGCUACCACUCCAGGAUGCUGCUACCACAUUUUGCUGCAUGGACAAAUUAUACCCCAUCUCACUCCCAAAGAGUCUGUUCUGAAAGCAACUCUAACUUUCUAACUUUUCUUUUUUAAAAAAUGGCACUAUAUGCAGAAUGAAUUAAUCUGUAAUGUGAUUUUUUUCACCAGCAGUAUAAAAGGAAUGGGACAACCUAAUAGAAACUGCUCGCUGCUUUCUCUUCUAGCCUCUAUUAACCACUCAGGAUGAUUAUAUAAUGCGUAUAAGUAACCUUGUGCAGUAGGUCAUUCAUAUUUCCAUUUUUCAGAUAAUAACUUUCCUAAAGCUAAUUAAUGAUUUCAUGGCUGAAUGGGAACUUGCUGAAAUCAAGCAUGGGUCCUCCCUAGGUUGAGUAAAAGUUUUUGCCAUUCCUUGGGUAAGGUGCCCAUUCCUGGAUAGUUGUCCUGAUUUUUCUGCUGAUUUUUUUUUUUUUUACCCAUACCAGUUUUUACUAAACCUUUGGUACCUAGGGCACAUUUUUUUCCCUCUGGGAUGCCUCUGGGAUUGCUGUGGCAUGGAUCAUGUCAUCUUACAGCAUACUACUCUGCCCUGUCGUAUUGUUUGGGAAUUACUGGUCCAUACUAACAUAGUCCACCAUACAGAGAACUGCACAAUUAGCUUUCCAUAUACCUAGUAGGAUCAUAGAAUCAUAGAAUAGCAGAGUUGGAAGGGUCCUACAAGGCCAUCUAGUCCAACCCCCUGCUCAAUGCAGGAAUCCACCCUAAAGCAUCCCUGACAGAUGGUUGUCCAGCUGCCUCUUGAAUGCCUCUAGUGUGGGAGAGCCCACAACCUCACUAGGUAACUGAUUCCACCGUCGCACUGCUCUAACAGUCAGGAAGUUUUUCCUGAUUUGAGGUGUGCAUGUGUUUUAAGAUCAGCUCUGCACAUUACAUUGUAAACCACUUUUUGAAAAUUGAGGGAUUUAAAGUCAGUUUUGUAAUAUGCAGUGUUGGGGACUGGUGUUUAUUUAUUUACAAUGUCUAUGUACCACUUUCUAUCUGAGGUUGAGCCUCGCUGAAGCAUGCACAAGCCCUUCCGCACAAACAUAGGAAGCUGUUUUGUACCAAGUCAGACUAUUUCCCCAUGUACUUGUGUUUUGCAUCCGUUCUCUGGGGUCUUGGGCAAAGGCCUUGUCCAGCAUCUGCUACCUGACUGUAUUCACUAGAGAUGCCAGCCCCUCUGUACACAUAUGGGUGCUCCACCCCAAGCCAUGCCCCUUUCCCUGCUCCUUCCCCAUGCUUCUCUGGCUUUCAACCACAAUCAGAGUUGUGACAGUCUAGAGGUUUGUUUUAUUAAUUGUCUAACUCAGUUCAGGUGACCUUACUGGCAGUGCCACAGAAAGGCCAUGAUUUUGGAAAUAUGCUUAAACAAUUUGAAAUGAAAGCCCAGUUCUUUGGGGUGGGGGGUGUAUGAAAGAGUUUACCAAGCAAGCCAAGCCAUUUUGGAAAAUAUUACAUACUUCGGAAAGUGUUAUAUUGAUCUUCUAUUGCACCACUUUAUCUGGUUGAUUAAUAGAAAAGCUGUUCUUCAUGUAAGAAUUCUUCUGUUACGUAUCACAAAUUGUAAUAAAUCUCUUUAUUAAACUUCAGAUAA